AUGGGAACAAUAGAGGGACGAAAGCCUCAGGUCGUGCUAGUACCAUUUCCUCACCAGGGGCACAUAACACCAAUGUUUCAGCUGGGGGCUAUUCUUAGCUCCCGGGGAUUCUCCAUCACCGUCGCUCAUACUGAAUUCAAUUCUCCGAACCCUUCAAACCACCCGGAAUUCAACUUUUUACUGCUACCUGAUAGCUUAUCUGGUUGCGAGUCUUCUUACAUGAACUCGUUGAAUGAAAUAUUGGCUAUAAACAAGAAUUCCAAAGAGCGGUUUCAUGAAUACAUGGUUGAAAUGCUGGAAACACAGGAGCAACACGGUCAGGUAGCUUGUGUCGUGUAUGAUACUCUCAUGCACUUUGUUGAUGAAGUGGCUACUCGUCUAGAGCUGCCUACUGUUGCAUUACGUCCUAAUAGUGCUGCUUAUCUGCGAUCUGAUCAUGUCAUCCUUCAGCUUCAAGCUGACAAUCUAAUUCCCUUGCCAGAGUCUCAACUGCAGGAUGCAAUUCCGACACAUCCUCUUCUCAGUAUAAGAUCUUCUUCGGCAAUCAUUUGGAACUCUGUGGACAUGCUCGAGCAUGAAUCCUUAGUGGAGCUUCAGCGGCAUUACAAGGUUCCAAUCUUCCCAAUAGGUCCUUUUCACAAAAUGGCUCCAAAAUUCAAUACUAGCUUGAUAGCAGAGGACACCAGUGUCAUCACCUGGCUCGAUAAACAAGCUCCUAACUCGGUCAUUUAUAUAAGCAUAGGCAGCUUAGCUAUAAUGGACAAGAAAGAGCUUAUUGAAAUGGCAUGGGGACUUGCCAACAGUGACCAACCUUUCUUAUGGGUGGUCCGACCCUCUUCAGUUAGUGGGUCGGAAUGGAUUGAAUGCUUACCAGAAGGGUAUGAAGAAUUAACUCGAGAAAGCGGCUGCAUAGUGAAGUGGGCACCCCAGAAGAAGGUUUUGGCACAUCCAGCCGUGGGAGUUUUCUGGAGCCAUUCUGGUUGGAAUUCAACUUUGGAAAGUAUGUGUGAAGGAGUGCCGAUGAUAUGCAGACCAUAUUUCGCAGACCAAGUGGUGAAUACGAGGUACCUCACUAAUGUAUGGAAAAUAGCCAUAGAAUUGGAGGACCCAGAAAGAAAGGGUAUUGAGAAAACCAUUAGGACACUCAUGAGGGAUAAAGUAGGCAAAGAACUGAGACAGAGAGCACUCAAAAUGAAACAAGAACUUGAGCUUUCCGUACAGAAAGGAGGUUCUUCAUGGAACUCGUUAGAAAAUCUAGUAGAGUUUAUCAUGUCAUUCACACAACAAAAAUGA